AUGCCGACACGUCGCGCUUCUCGAACGAGUACCUCUACAAAAGUCAGGAAACCUGUCAAUAAGCAAGUUCCAUUCCGCAAGAAGGGACCUCCCAUUGCGGAAUGGGACCGGGUGAAGCCUCUGGUCAGGCGAUAUUAUAUCGAGGAAAGAAGGAAGCUUGCAGAAGUUCGGACAUUGUUGUUAAAUGAGCACAAUUUUGAUGCAAAAGAACACAUGCUGAAAGAGAGGUUGACUCAGUGGGGAUUCAGGAAGAAUUUCAAAAAUGCCGAACACGAAGUUGCAGCAAAAGAAGCAAAACGUCGGGCAGACCUAGGCCUGAAGCUCCCAGUAGAUAUGGACUUUGACGGCAAACCAUGUGCUUGGGACCGCGUGUAUCGUCAUUUCGGCAAACAGUACGGUUGCUCGUCGUUGGGGCCCGGCUCUCAGUGGGAUGCACUCAUUUCUAAGGUCGCCCUGAAAACAUCCAUCGACGACCACAACAUCGAGAUGUCGUUAAUUGAGUUGAAACGCUACUGGUCUGUUACAAUCACACGAAACGAAACCCUCGCCUCAAUCAGGGCGAGCCGUAAGGCUGCGCGGGUUAGAUACAACCCUGUCCAUCUCGAAGUCAGACUUCUUGGGGCGCUUGAUCUACUGAGAAAUGGCCGUGCCGAUCAGGGGUGGCGAGAGAUGAGGCAAAUGUGCGCUGCUGUGUUCAAUGUCAUCAAACUCCAGGAACCAAGCCUCCUUCUAGCCGUUGUUUCCAUUUUUUCGUCCAGCUUGUGGGUCGACCACCCCGAACUGUAUAUCGUUGUCGCCAAACACUUUCUAUCUGCCUGCCACGUGUACCUGAAAGCGACGCAUCCCUUGAUCAGCGUCUUAACAACGCUCAUCAAUCUACCACUGGCUUCACAAAUUGUCGACGACUUCACAGGGCUGGCUUAUCAAGUGAUGGUGGAUACUUCAGAAGAGCACAAGGACCAGGUCAAGCUUGAUAGCUACUACAUAUGUUCCGUGGAAGAGUAUCUCAUCGCAAAGCUUGCCAGAAAAUUGGACCGAUCUAAAGCUUACGAGCUCGUCCAGACGAAAUACUCCCACUAUCGCCGAGCUCUUGGCCCCCGAAGUAGCCACACUCUGUCGACGCAACUUCAUCUGGCAAAGAUGUACCUAUUUGAUGCUGCAAGGACGCAGGGGCCAGAUGCAAAACACCGAAGAGAGAUCUCUGAGCAGAAAGGGAAGAAGAUUUUGUCUGAGAUUGUCAAACAGGGGAAGAAAUACCCCAGGGACCGCUAUCGCACAGGCGCAUACUGUAUUGCUGCACAGGAUCUUGCCCGUCAUCUUUUUGCACACCAAGACUACAGAGGCGCGCAAAAGUACUACUGUCUCGCAUUGCUUUGGGCCUCUAACCAAUUUGACCGCCCUCAUCCAUUUAUUUCACUUAUCCUGAGAGAGUUCGACGCCCUCCAGAAAAUGGGAGAACUGGGUCUCGUCGACAUUGAAAUGCCGAAGAACGAACAGCACAACCAAUGUGGAGAUAAGGCUCGAGCGCAGUCGUGUCAAGAGAUGGAGGCUUGUGAAGUAUCGUGCAACGCGCAGUUUGAGUCUGUGGAAAGUAUCGAGUCCGAGGGACUUCUUGAAGUCAGGUCUAUUUCGCAGAGCGAGCCCACUUUGCCUUCGAAUUUCACUUCUGGCGCUACACAUGACAGCGGGACUGGGGUGAUCGAUGGAAACAUGUCCACAGGAUCCAACCCUUUUGUCCACACGACUGAGGAAGACUUCUGGGCCCAGUACAUGCAGGGCACAGAUGACUCUUGUGCAGAUGGUCUCCACAUCACGGCACUCGAUGAUUUUUAG